CGAGAGAGCAAGUGGGCGGACGUCCCAUCCUCCGCAUCCACCUCCAGGUCCUGGCGCGCAGGGUGGGAGCGCUGCGCGCCUCCGCGCUGCGCAUAGCGGCCCGCUUGCCGCCUGCCCCCUGCCCUUGCUGGGCCGCCUCCCCGGGCUGCGGGUGGAGGGCUAUAAGGCGCUAACGUUACGCUGUUUCCGGUUUUCCAGCGGGCUCUGGUUUCCCCUCCCAAGGCGGCGGCGGCGGCGGCGGAGCGGCGGAGCCCCCCAAAUGGCCUGGCCAGAUGCGGCAGGUUUGCUGCUCAGCGCUGCCGCCGCCGCCACUGGAGAAGGCUCGGUGCAGCAGCUACAGCGACAGCAGCAGCAGCGAGAGGAGCAGCAGCAGCAGCGGCGGCGAGAGCAGCAGCAGCAGGAGCAGCAGCAGCGACAGCAACAGCGGCAUCUCUCGUCCCGCUGCGCCCCCAGAGCCGCGGCCGUCGCAACAGCCGCAGCCCCGCAGCCCCGCAGCCCGGAGAGCCGCCGCCCGCUCGCGAGCCGCAGCCGCCGGCGGCAUGAGGCGCGACCCGGCCCCCGGCUUCUCUAUGCUGCUCUUCGGUGUGUCACUCGCCUGCUACUCGCCUAGCCUCAAGUCGGUGCAGGACCAGGCGUACAAGGCACCCGUGGUGGUGGAGGGCAAGGUACAGGGGCUGGCCCCGGCCGGCGGCUCCAGCUCCAACAGCACCCGUGAGCCGCCCGCCUCGGGUCGGGUGGCACUGGUGAAGGUGCUGGACAAGUGGCCGCUCCGGAGCGGGGGACUGCAGCGCGAGCAGGUGAUCAGCGUGGGCUCCUGUGCGCCGCUCGAAAGGAACCAGCGCUACAUCUUUUUCCUGGAGCCCACGGAGCAGCCCUUGGUCUUUAAGACAGCCUUUGCCCCUCUUGACACCAACGGCAAAAACCUCAAGAAAGAGGUGGGCAAGAUCCUGUGCACUGACUGCGCCACCCGGCCCAAGCUGAAGAAGAUGAAGAGUCAGACGGGACAGGUGGGUGAGAAGCAAUCACUGAAGUGUGAGGCAGCAGCUGGUAACCCCCAGCCCUCCUACCGCUGGUUCAAGGAUGGCAAGGAGCUCAACCGCAGCCGCGACAUUCGCAUCAAGUACGGCAAUGGCAGAAAGAACUCACGACUACAGUUCAACAAGGUGAAGGUGGAGGACGCUGGGGAGUACGUCUGCGAGGCUGAGAACAUCCUGGGGAAGGACACCGUCAGGGGCCGGCUCUUCGUCAACAGCGUGAGCACUACCCUAUCAUCCUGGUCGGGGCACGCCCGCAAGUGCAACGAGACAGCCAAGUCCUAUUGUGUCAACGGAGGCGUCUGCUACUACAUCGAGGGCAUCAACCAGCUCUCCUGCAAGUGUCCUGUGGGAUACACCGGGGACAGGUGUCAGCAGUUCGCAAUGGUCAACUUCUCCAAGCACCUUGGAUUUGAACUAAAGGAAGCCGAGGAGCUGUACCAGAAAAGGGUCCUGACUAUCACCGGCAUCUGCGUGGCUCUGCUGGUCGUGGGCAUCGUCUGCGUGGUCGCCUACUGCAAGACCAAAAAACAGCGGAAGCAGAUGCAUAACCACCUUCGACAGAACAUGUGUCCAGCCCACCAGAACCGGAGCUUGGCCAAUGGGCCCAGCCACCCCCGGCUGGACCCUGAGGAGAUCCAGAUGGCAGACUAUAUCUCCAAGAAUGUGCCAGCCACAGACCAUGUCAUCCGGAGGGAAACGGAGACCACCUUCUCUGGGAGCCACUCCUGUUCUCCUUCUCACCACUGCUCCACAGCCACGCCCACCUCCAGCCACAGGCAUGAGAGCCACACGUGGAGCCUGGAACAUUCUGAGAGCCUGACCUCCGACUCCCAAUCGGGCAUCAUGCUGUCAUCAGUGGGCACCAGCAAGUGCAACAGCCCAGCGUGUGUGGAGGCGCGGGCACGGCGGGCGGCAGCCUACAGCCUAGAGGAGCAGCGCAGGGCUGCGGUGCCACCUUACCACGACUCCAUAGACUCCCUGCGUGACUCCCCACACAGCGAGAGGUAUGUGUCGGCCCUGACCACGCCCGCGCGCCUCUCUCCCGUGGACUUCCAUUACUCGCUGGCCACGCAGGUGCCGACUUUCGAGAUCACGUCCCCCAACUCGGCGCACGCCGUGUCGCUGCCGCCGGCCGCGCCCAUCAGCUACCGCCUGGCGGAGCAGCAGCCGCUCCUGCGGCACCCGGCGCCCCCCGGCCCCGGUCCAGGGCCCGGGACCGGUGCGGACAUGCAGCGCAGCUACGACAGCUACUACUACCCCGCGGCGGGACCGGGGCCGCGGCGCGGGGCCUGCGCCCUAGGCGGCAGCCUGGGCAGUCUGCCCGCCAGCCCUUUCCGCAUCCCCGAGGACGACGAGUACGAGACCACGCAGGAGUGCGCGCCCCCGCCGCCGCCGCGGCCGCGCGCCCGCGGUGCGUCCCGUAGGACGUCUGCUGGACCCCGGCGCUGGCGCCGCUCGCGCCUCAACGGGCUGGCGGCGCAGCGCGCACGCGCGGCGCGGGACUCGCUGUCGCUGAGCAGCGGCUCGGGAGGCGGCUCGGCUUCUGCCUCGGACGACGAAGCGGACGACGCGGACGGGGCGCUGGCGGCCGAGAGCACGCCUUUCCUCGGCCUGCGUGCGGCGCACGACGCGCUGCGCUCGGACUCGCCGCCGCUCUGCCCGGCGGCCGACAGCAGGACUUACUACUCCCUGGACAGCCACAGCACGCGGGCCAGCAGCAGACACAGCCGCGGGCCGCCCCCGCGGGCCAAGCAGGACUCGGGGCCCCUCUAGGGCCCCCGCCGCCCCCUCCGCCUCGCCCGCCCCACUGUCUUUAAGGAGAACAGAGACCGCCGACUGGAGAGAGAAAGGAGGGAGAAAAAGAAAUAAAAAUAUUUUUAUUUUCUAUAAAAGGAAAAAGGUAUAACAAAAUGUUUUAUUUUCAUUUUAGCAAAAAUUGUCUUAUAAUACUAGCUAACGGCAAAGACGUUUUUAUAGGGAAACUAUUUAUAUGUGACAUCCUGAUUUACAGCUUCGGAAAAAAAAAAGAAACAACAAAAAAAAAGAGAGAUGGGCCAAUUUUUU